GAGAGGCGCGGGUGAGCGCGCCAGGGGUGAGGUACCCGAAUCUCUUGCCAGAGUGGAGGCUCGCGGCGGGCCGCUGGCCAACGACUGCGGGGCUGGCAGGUGCGAGGCGUCUGCACCUGGCGGGCGAUGGCGCCGGGCGCGAGUGCCCCGGGGUAGCGCGGGCGACUCUGCUGGGCCCAGGUGCGCACGCCCGCCCCGCUCUCCGACCUUGGCGUUGGCCCACCCUGGCCCAGGCAGCUAUGGGGCUCCUGCGGCUGCUGGUCCUAGCUGUGCUGGCGUCGGAACGCGGGGUGGCUGUUGGAACCGAGGCCUUCGGGAACUCCAGCGAGGGUCUUCUCGAGUUUUCUCUGGGGAAAUUUAGAUACUUGAAGCUCAGCAAGCCUUUUCCAGUGGAAGCUGUUUUGCAUCAUAUUUCAAGCAAUGUGACUUUUCUUGUUUUCCAAAUACACUCACAGUAUCAGAAUACAACAGUUUCUUUUUCUAGGACUCUCCUUCCCAAUGCCUCGGAAACAGGCACUGACAGAGGCCUAGUUUUCAUUCUGAGACCAGAGCAGAGUGUGUGCACUUGGUACUUAGAGACUUUUGAUGCCGAACCCGUUCAAAAUGUGGCCAUUUUACUCUCCUACUCAGAAAAAGUUUUGUUGUUUGACUUUAGAGGCACAGAUCCUCCGCCAUGUGAUGUUGGAACGGGCCGGGACUCUAGGUGGAGGCUGCAGUAUGAUGUUUAUCAGUAUUUUCUGCCCGAGAAUGACCUCACUGAGGAGGUUUUGCUAAAACAUCUGCAGAGGAUGGUCCAGGUGUCCCAGGUGAAGGCCAAUGCUGUCAAGGUGGCUACUCUAAGAGCUGAUGAUAAGACAAGUGUCUCCUUCUCCUCCCUCCCUGGACAAGGUGCCAUUUACAAUGUCAUUGUUUGGGACCCGUUUCUAAAUACGUCUGCGGCUUAUGUUCCUGUUCACACAUACGCUUGCAGCUUUAAGGAUGUGGAGGGUAACUGUGCUUCGCUUGCUUUCCUGGUGGUUUGCUACUUAGAGUUAUUCUUCAUAGGAUUUAUCUUCAUGGGAUUCUUCUUUUAUAUACUGAUCACAAGACUGACACUCUUGAAGUAUGACGUGCGCCUGACCCUGACGGCCGCUGCUGGAAGUGUGGGUGGAAUCCUCUUGGUGGCUGCGUGGUGGCGAUUUGGAAUCCUCACGCUGUGCAUGCUGUGCGUGGGACUGGUGCUGGGCUUCUUCGUCUCCUCGGUGACUUUCUUCACUCCACUGGGAAACGUAAAGGUUUUUCAUGAUGACGGAGUGUUUUGGGUGACUUUCUCUGGUAUAGCUAUCCUCAUCCCAAUAGUUUUUGUGGGCUGCCUAAGAAUACUGAACAUACUGACCUGCGGAGUCAUUGGUUCCUAUUCGGUGGUUUUGGCUGUUCACAGUUACUUGUACACAAGCCUUUCUUACAUCACUUUGAAUAUACUCAGGAGAGCACUGAACGAGGAAUUUCUCAGCGUUUUCUCUAAUGUGCCUUUUCAAACCAAUGACUUUAUUAUCCUGGCGGUGUGGGGGAUGCUGGCUGUAAGUGGAAUUACAUUUCAGAUCAGAAGAGAAAGAGGACAACCGUUCUUUCCUCCCCACCCGUACAAGUUAUGGAAGCAAGAGCGGGCGCGCAGAGUAACCAACAUUCUGGACCCGAGCUACCACAUCCCUCCACUGAGAGAGAGGCUCUAUGGCCGAUUAGCCCAGGUCAAAGAACUCUUCCGGAAGGAACAGCCAGCUGGAGAGAGAACACCCCUGCUUCUGUAGCUGCCCAGGGGCUCAGUCAGUGUGUCUCUGCUUUGGUGUUUAAGCCCCUUCCGUAAUUCCAGUGUGAGUCUAAGAAGAGAUCAGGCGUAUGUGUCUGUGCUUUGUAUGAUACUGGGGUGUCUGUAAUGAUAGAUGGUUAAGGGUACGCUCGGGAAUUAGGAUGAUUCUGAGGGACAGAAGGAAAAAGACAAUGGUAGGAUGCUUUUCCUCAUUUCCAGCUACUUGAGAAAUUAAACUUUUGGUUUACAAAUAAAUGAUCGACAUAUUCCAUUAAAUAGAUACACUAAAAAAAAAAUUAAUUAAAAACUGUGAUUCUCCUGCAAAGUCCUGGUGUUUUUGAACAAAUCUCUCCCCUCCUUGAACAAAUCUCUCCCCCAAGUCCGUCUGAAUGUGGAGAGGGGCAGGUUCAUUUAAGUGUUGUACUGAAUCUUUAUUUUGCCACUAUGUUUGGAGAUGAGGGAUUUGAAACUGGGCCUUUAAAUUUCAGAA